CUUUGCAUCCUUGUACUAUAAGGCAACGUAGAAAUUAAAACACUCAUAGAAGGAACGGCCACUUGAACUCCUCAAAACAUUGAAGACGGCGAACUGAUACAAAAAAUUCAAAUUGAAUGCGGGGAAAUGAUAAUUCAUUUGUUUGCUUAUUAAAAUGUAUUAAUCAAUAGUUAUGUUUCUUUACCCCAACUGGUAAGAGGAGAAGCAGCGUGCCAGAAAGCAAAUUGGAAAUUAAUAACAAGGGCCAGACGAUAUGUCUGAAGACGGGACGAAAUUUGGGCGUGCAGCCUCAAGAUUAGCUAGCAUUCGUACCCAUGUAUCACAACCAAUUGUUGAUAUCAACAAGCUUGAUAAAUUGAAUUUCAAGAUUGCACCUUUGGUGCAACAUGCUCUUGCAGAAGGCCUUCCUAUAGUUGCUUUUGAGUCUACAAUAAUUUCUCAUGGUAUGCCAUACCCGCAGAAUUUAGAGACUGCAAAGGAGGUUGAGACGAUUGUAAAGGAUAAUGGAGCUGUUCCUGCAACAAUAGCAAUCUUGAAUGGUGUUCCUCACAUAGGUUUGACUGCAUUGGAGUUAGAAGAGCUUGCUAAAUUGGGUCCUAAAUCUUUGAAGACUGCUCGUAGAGACAUUGCAUAUGUUGUUGCUAUGGGUGCGAAUGGUGCAACUACAGUCUCCGCAACCAUGUUUUUUGCUGCAAAGGCUGGCAUACGCAUAUUUGUGACUGGAGGAAUUGGUGGUGUGCAUCGACAUGGUGAAACCACAAUGGAUGUCUCAUCUGAUUUAACCGAGCUUGGAAAAACUCAAGUGGCUGUUAUCUGUGCUGGUGUCAAGUCAAUUUUGGACAUUCCAAGGACCCUUGAAUACUUGGAGACACAAGGGGUUGCAGUUGUAGCAUAUAAGACUGAGGAGUUUCCAGCAUUUUUUACCCAAAAAAGUGGCUGUAAGGUGAGUUGUGUAAAUUCACCCAAGGAAUGUGCUAAAUUAAUUGAUGCCAGUAUUAAAUUAGGACUGGGAAGUGGAAUAUUGAUCGGAGUACCCAUCCCAGAGACAAGUGAAGCAUCUGGAGAUUCAGUAGAGUUAGCCAUACAGACUGCACUUUCAGAAACUGUAGUGAAGGGCAUCAAUGGAAAUGCUGUGACUCCUUACAUACUUUUGAGAGUAAAUGAGUUGACAAAAGGAGCUUCACUGGCUUCAAAUAUUGCACUCAUCAAGAAUAAUGCCCUCGUUGGUGCAAAAGUUGCAGCUUGUUUGAUGAAAUUACAGGAUUCUUGAGGUUGAAUGACUGAUUGCUGUUAUAGAAAUCUGGAAGCAACAGCUGAGAUUGGCUGAAGGGAUUUGUAGAAAGAUAUCAAAACGGAAAUUGUUGACAGUCCUUGUCAACCUAUUUUUAUAGACAAUGCAAGAGUUUGGUGGUUUAAAUUAAUAAUUAUCACCUUCAUUCUGAAUGUUUGAAGUUCUCAUUUUCAUGCUUGCGAAUGUUUUAUGGUCUUCAUUUUCUUGGAAGUGGUUUCUUUCCUUAUUCCAAAGGAUAACAUAAUAGACAUUUUCGAAAACAGUAGUAAAAGCUACAUUUAUGUUCCUUUCUCUUUACCAGAAUGUUUACAAACUGCUGAAUGUUUGUUGAGGGAUAUUCCUCAUCCUACAGUUAAGAGUUAAAACUAUAUUACAAUAUCAAAAGAUUUACA